AUGGUGCUCACUUUUCCAUUGGCCUAUCCUAUCAGUAAAAUAUUGGAUGCUUUCUUAGGCGAUGAAGUUAUUUCUUAUGAUCGUAAGCGCUUAAUGGAGCUUAUCAAAAUGUCUACACGCGAUGAGGGCUUGGCCGAGGAGCUGAAGAUCGCUGUGGGUGCGAUGGAAAUAUCUGAUAAGACAGUGGGUGAUGUAAUGACUAAAAUAGAUGAUGUAUUUAUGCUUCCCGAUACGACGGUUCUGAAUACAAAAACUGUUGCUGAAAUAUUGCGCAUGGGUUACACUCGAAUACCUGUCUUCUCCGGCAACCGGAAUACAGUAGUGGCUCUAUUGUUCGUCAAGGAUUUGGCGCUUCUGGAUCCGGAUGAUAAUUUCACCAUUCAAACGGUCUGCGGAUUUCACGAGCAUCCGUUACGUUUUGUGAUGGAAGACACACCACUACGUGUUAUGCUUGAGGAAUUCAAGAAAGUUAGCUUAUUUGCAUUGCUCCUUGACAUACGGUUUCCGAAAUGUAUUACUUGGACGGGGAACGUUCCCCUAUGA